UUUAGGAAUUUGUAGGAUUUUCUUUAGGGUUUACGCUCUCUUCCCUGUGUUCCCUCCCUCCACGUCGAUCUUGACUCGACCAUGGACGUCGUUAAGAAGCGAAAGAUGGACGAAAACGGCGUCCCUCUUACCGACUCCGACGAUUCUUUGUUAAAACUUUCACCGGAAGAUGCUCGCAAGAUCAUCGAACGGUUCACUCCGGAUCAACUCAUCGACAUUCUUCAAGACGCGGUUUCCUGUCAUUCGGAUGUGCUUGACGCAGUACGUUCUGUUGCUGAUCAAGAUGUUGCUCAGCGUAAGCUCUUUAUUCGUGGGCUUGGUUGGGACACUACGACCGAUGGUCUCCGGAAGCUUUUUUCUAUAUAUGGCGAAUUGGAAGAGGCCGUCGUUAUUUUAGAUAAGGCCACGGGGAAGUCGAAAGGGUAUGGGUUUGUUACGUUUAAGCAUGUUGAUGGUGCUCUACUGGCUUUGAAAGAGCCGAGUAAAACGAUUGAUGGGCGUGUCACUGUGACUCAAUUGGCAGCUGCAGGAAAUACUGGGUCUAACUCCAACGCCCCCGAUGUGUCGAUGAGGAAAAUUUACGUGGCUAAUGUGCCGAUUGACAUGGCUGCUGAUAAAUUGCUUGCGCAUUUUGUUCUGUACGGGGAGAUUGAGGAAGGGCCUUUGGGGUUCGAUAAGCAGACGGGGAAGUGUAGGGGUUAUGCAUUGUUUGUCUACAAGAAGGCGGAGGGUGCACAAGCGGCGUUGGUGGAUCCGAUUAAGACUAUUGAAGGGCGACAAGUAAGCUGUAAAUAUGCCAAUGAUGGAAAGAAGGGAAAGCCUGGAGGUUCUGGGCCUGAUGGCGUUCAGGGCUCUGUUGGUAAUCAAGGUAAUGUUCAUGGAGAUGGGAUGGGUAUGCCUUCGCAGGCUCCGAUGCCUGGUUCAAUGGGUGGACAGUAUGGGGGACCUGGCGGUCUUGGAUCAUACGGUGGGUUUUCAGGAGGUCUCCAUGGUCCACCACAGCUUGGGCAUAAUACGCUGAACUCGUCGUUGGGACCAGGCUUGUCUUCUAUGGGUAGUCAAACACAAAAUUCUCUGAAUGGUACUGGUGGGUAUGGUGGUGGGCUUGGCGGCGGCCCUUACGGUGGUGGAUACGGUGGUCCUGGGCCAACUGGCUUUUCUGGUCUGAGUGCUGGUCCAGCCGGCGGCCAGGGAAGUUCCGGUGCUGGAACGGGAUCUGGUUUGUACAGGUUGCCCCCGAAUUCUGGGGGAGUUCCUUCUAAUGGUUAUCCAGAUAGUUUGCCAUAUAGUUUGUCGUCUUCGUCUGGUUAUCUAAAUCAGCACCCACACACCACGGGUACAUCACCGGCGCCCCGAGUGCCGCCUGGGGGCAUGUACCCUAAUGUGCCGCCAUUUUAUUGAGGCGACUGUGGCAAUCCAUUAUCAUGAUGAAGAGAAAAGGGGAUAGUGGAUCUCCUUGUCUCAAACCCCGUGUGGCACAAAAAGGCUGGAUGGGAUGCAUACCUUAUAUCUACCCUUUGUGGAUGGGAUGCAUCCUUUAAUCCACCUUCGCCAUUUUGAGCCAAAGCCUUUUGCCACAAGAAUGUUUUCGAGGAACAUCCAAUCAACCUUGUCGAAGGUCUUUUCCAUGAUAAGUUUAAUGACCACCUUUUUAUUUCUUUCUUUCCCAUUCAUCAAUGAGUUCGUUUGCCAUGAGGUAUGCAUCAAGUAUUUGUCGCCCCUCUACAAAAGCUGUUUGUUGCCCAGUUAUUGUGAAGGGGAGAACCUUUUAAGACACUCUGAUAAUACCCUUGCUAUGAUUUUAUAUAAACCAGUCAUGAGGUUUAUGGGAAGAAAGUUUGCAACAGUGCCCUGCAACAGUGUGGGCAUCCAGUUUCUUUGAGAUCAGACAUAUGUAUGUUUCAUUCAUGAGUAUUCCAAGAUUUUUGAAAAAAUUUUAAGGUAAAACCAUCGGCUCCAGGAGAUACUUAUUUUUCUUUCGUAGUGCUCAUGCUAUAUUGCCAGGGAGUAGAAUUGUGCUUUCUUAUUGAUCUGCAAAGUUGGUCUCAAAAGUGGUAGAUAUUCUCUUUUCAAAUUUUCAUUUCAUCCACCUUUUUGGUGUGUGGAAGGCUGGCAAUAUGCAAGUCCUUCUUGAGACAAUGGGUAGAGGGAGAUCUUACCUGUCUUUCCUCUGUUUUUUAUGCUUAUUCCAUGGCUUCUCUAUGGUUCCUGGUCAUAUAUUGUUUUGAGAAUUUUCCUUUGCUCAACGGUACUGUGUUGCAGGCCUUUUCAUUUCAAUGUUUUGAAUGAGUUUUUCCUUCCCAGUGUUGAUUCUUUUUUAUUUGUCUGGAAUUUUAUGCUUGGUAUAAUUAUUGACUAGUAUAUGAUGGCAAAUGUAAUUCUUUUUUAUAUGCUUGCGUCACUUUUUAAAUGUUAUUUGCGCAUGCUUAUUUUUCAAUCCUCACACUCUUGGGUGCAUUGCUCCCACAUGUUUGCUUUGUUCUUUUUUCUUCUCUCAUUCCCUCCUUUUUGUUUUGUUUUGAUUGCUUUCACUGGGUUUAAGCUUUCCUAUUUGGAUUUUAAUAAUUCUAUAUUUUUCUUCUGGGCAAGGUUUACUUCUCAGGGCAUAAAGCAUAACCUUAAAGAAAACAUCUCGCUUUUCUUUCGAAGUUGUCUGUUCCUGUUCCCAUCUCUUGUAGAAUCCUGUUCUAUUUAUAUGAUUUUGGAGCCCCUACGUACCAUUGAUCUAUUUCAGGCAUUUUUCUGGUGACCUUUAUAUUGGCUAAUUCUUUCCCUUGAACAUUAGGAACAAUAUAGCUUUUAGUUAUUCUUCUUGCACCCUUCAUUUUUGUCAUUCCAUAUGUACUGGCAAUUAAUAAAUAUUUAGUUUCAGAUGUUUGUUACUGGUAUUAAAGUUAUGGCAACAAUUUGGCUGCCUACUUACCUGAUGAUUGUAUGAUUUCAUUUGUUAGUUUUUUUUUAAAAAAAAAGAAGGAUUUGUUAGUUUUUUUUUUCUUUAGAAAAGGAUUUGGUAGCUUCUACCCAUGUUUUUGUUUUCUUGCUUCUAUUUUAUUUUGUUCCUUUUUGUACCAUUAAAUUUUAGUCCGUGACGAAGUUUUUACUUCAGGUUGCAUCUUCUUUCUUUAAUUGAUAACAAGUUUGCCUAUGGCUGACAGACAAUAAUUGAUCAACCUUUUGAAUUUUGACGUUGGAUUUGCAACUUUUAAUGAUUAGGAAGAAACUUGAAUUUUUGUACUCAUCAUUUUCUGUAUGUCAGAUGGUAUGCCAUUUUGUUUUGUUAUGUUGACGUUGUUUGUAUUAUUUUGAUCCUGAAUUAGAUUAGAAUUCCCUUUGCAUUAUGAGGUGGGAUGAUGAAGCAAGUUCAACCUGGGUAUUUGAUUCAGUUUAUCUUGUUGGAUGCAGAUGCUUUAUGUGCUUCACCUGAUUGCGUAGAAUGCCGACUAUCGAUCUGAUUGGGUGAAUGUAUUGGCUUUGCUUUUUCUAGAUGUUUUUGAGUGCUUGUAGAAAGAAAUCAUUCAAUGGUGUUUUUGUACUUGUCUACAAUUAAUAUGCUUUUGGUUUCAUCCCCUCCAAAAUAGUCUAACAAGUGAUCGCUUAUUUCUGUGCCCCCCCCACCCCCCCUCUUUGUUGGGCUAAAGCUCUCUCUACAAAUUUUGAGAAUUGGGAAGUGGUUAAUGCUCUUAUGGUUUGGUAUGUCUGCUACCUGUUGAAGAGAGGCUUGCCUUUUGCACAUGUAACGAUUUUAGUAUUCCAACUCUCUUUGUAAUAGUACUCGUGAUUAGAAGGAUACUGUGGCAGGGUCCGUUCUUGCA